AUGGCGUUGUCUCGGAGUCUCGCUCAGGUGCCCUCGAGUGACGGCGAAGAGAACUUUGUACUGGAGACGAGGUCUCAGGAACGGAACUCAACGAGUUUUGAGGAAAAAAUGGAUGGAAAGAGGAGGAAGCGUAAGAUGGUGUACCAAGAGUCUGACGACGACGAGGAAGAGAAGGAGAGAAAUCAAGAGGAUGAGGAGAGAAAGGAAGCAGGAGAGAAGAGCCAUGGCGUGAAACCGGUUGGUGAGCCGGUUAAAGUUACGGGUAAAGGCAAAGAGAGAAUAAUCCAUUACAGGCAGUUCGAGUAUGGUGGUAACAGAUACCAUCUGGAGGAUUCAGUGCUCUUGAAUCCACAACCUGAUAGUGAAAAGCCUUAUGUUGCCUUUAUCAAGGAUAUAACCCAAAGAAAUGAUGGACGCAUGAUGAUUAUGGUACAGUGGUUUUAUCGCCCAGAAGAAGCAGAAAAAAAGGGUGGUGGAAAUUGGGUAGCAAAUGAUACACGAGAAGUGUUCUACAGUUUCCAUUGUGAUGAGGCCGAUGCAGAAUCUGUGAUGCAUAGAUGUGUGGUGUAUUUCGUUCCAGCUCAUAAGCAACUUCCGAAACGCAAACAGAACCCUGGUUUUAUAGUGCGAAAGGUGUAUGAUACUGAUGAGAAGAAGCUGCGUAAGUUGACUGAUAAGGAUUAUGAUGUUGAAGUACAACAUGAAAUUGACCUCCUUGUGGAAAAAUCAAUGUCGCGAUUGGGUGAUCUUCCUGACCUUGAAACUGAGGAAAAUGUAGAGAAGACUAAAAGAUCUUCCCGGAAAGUAAUCUCUCUAAAAUCCAUAACCAGUUCUCAUGAAGCUGAGAAGAAAGCAACAGAAGAAUCAUUGAAGACAACCAAUGAUUUUAAUGCUGACAACAAUCCUGAAGGCACCAAGUAA